UCUACCCUGUCAGUGAAUGCAGCAAACCGACCACCGCGUCACUGUUGUUUGGUCGUGGGAGUUGUAGUCUAUUUAACCACGCGUCUCUCGUAUUGCGAGCAGCGGGAAACUACAAGUUCCAGAUGUAACAAUGCGGAAGUAGCGCAACCAAACACUGUAAGGUUGCAGCAGCGCCAGACACGAGAAGAUGUCUCAUGUCGUUAAGAAAAGAAAAUUGGACAAAACCCGGCAGGACAGACUGUACUUUGACAGCUACACGGAUGUGACCAUCCAUGAGGAAAUGAUAGCGGACCAGGUCCGGACUAACACGUACCGAAUGGCCAUACUGAGGAACAGUGAGUCCAUACGGGGCAAAGUAGUACUGGACGUCGGGGCAGGAACCGGCGUGUUGAGCAUGUUCUGUGUUCAAGCCGGUGCUAAGAAGGUCUACGCCGUGGAAGCCUGUUCUAUCGCCGAGCAGGCUGUGGAAAUAGUCAAACAGAACAAUAUGGAGGACAAAAUCGCGAUAAUCCGAGGCACAGUGGAGACGGUGGACCUACCGGAGAUGGUGGAGGUCAUAGUGAGCGAGUGGAUGGGGUAUGCCCUCCUGCACGAGUCCAUGCUCAACUCGGUCCUCUACGCGCGGGAUAAGUGGCUGAAGCCGGGCGGCGUCAUCCUCCCCAGCAAGGCCGAGCUCUACAUCACACCCAUCAGCGACCCGGUGGUGGAGGACCGCCUCCAUUUCUGGUACACCGUCAAAGACCAGUACGGCGUCGACAUGUCCUCCAUGUCCGACUUCGCCCGGAGGUGCAUCAUGAACUCCGACAUCACGGUCAACUCUGUGACCGUGGAGGACGUGCUCUCCCACCCGGCCCGCUUCGCCGAGCUCGACCUGUACUCGGUCACCGUGGAGGAGCUGCGGUCGGUGACGGGCAGGUUCAGGUGCGAGUCGUUCGGCUCGGCGGCGGUGAACGCGUUCUGCGUCUACUUCACGGUCACUUUCCCCUGCCCGGACAAACCGCAGGCGCUCGUGCUCUCCACGUCCCCGUUCAAAGCGGAGACGCACUGGAAGCAGGCGGUGCUGUACCUCGACGCUCCGGUGGACGUGGUGCAAGACACGGUGGUCACCGGAGAGAUCAGCAUGUUCCCCUCGGAGGAAAGCGCCAGACAUAUAUGUAUCCACGUGGACUACACCAUAGGAGAGCAGAAAAAACAGUCCAAGACUUUUUCCAUCCCAGACUGGAGCAGUGAAGCCCAGUCAUAGUUACAUGUUACAGUUUAAUCACCAGGCAACACACUCAAAGGCCUUCUAAUGUCAUCUGUCACAAAGAUGUCCAGCCUGCUCACUGGGGUUUGGGACAAGUGGAAGCAAUUACCUUAAAACUAUGAGGUGAAAAUAGGUCUCACUUGGGCCCUCAGCUGACAGACACAUGCUCAUGCAAACUUAGGUUUUGACCCAUCUCUCCAAAACAUGUAGUGCUUUUUUUUUUUUUUUUUGAGUAGACCAGCACACACGGCACUACAGUCAGUAUGUGAAUUGCAAAACAUGUUUCUUAAGGUUGGAGUCCUGUUGUGUUUAUGCUUGUUUUUACACCUAAUAAAUAAUUUGACUUGUACAUUAGUACAUAUAAUGUCCUUAACAUCCUUUUAUUUUAAACAUUUUCAUUAACCUCACUCAACCAGACUAGUAUGUGCUUGUGAAAUCCAACACUGAUGCUUAUUGUUUUGCAUACCGUGUAUUCAGUUUACAGCUUUUAUGACCCAUUGUAUACCACGGCGUUGCAGUAGAACUGAAUAACCAACCGUUCUUUUCUCAAUUAAUCAUUUGGUCUUUUAAAAUGUCAUAAAAUGGGGAAAAACAAACAAACCCAAAGAUUGUUGAUUUACUAUUAAUAAUACGGUUACUAAUACUAUUAAUACGAAUACUUACUACUAUUCUAAUACAG